AUGUCAGUCCACAUGCAGUGCCACUCCGACACGGAGCUGCUCCACGGGUUCCGCGACGACACAGAUCGGCCCACGCAGCGCCAGCCCCUCUUCGCGCGCAAGCUGACGCACACGUUGAUGCUGGCAGUCUCCUGCGGAACGAUCCUGGCACUGGCGUCCCUGAGCGUGGCGUCGCACGGGCAGAGCGGGAGCAGGGCAUCUGUCCGGAUCCGGGGCGCGACAACUUUGGUCGAUUCGGGCAACCCUGUAGACGACAUGAAAGAUGCUGCGGACGAGACCGUCGACGAGGCCCAAGACGCUGCGGAUGACGUCGCGGACAAGUUGCCGGGCGGUGACGCGACGGCGGAUGCGGACAAGGUCGUGGACGACGCCCAAGAUGCUGCGGAUGACGUCGCGGACGAGUUGCCCGGCGGUGACGCGACGGCGGAUGCGGACAAGGUCGUGGACGACGCCCAAGAUGCUGCGGAUGACGUCGCGGACGAGGUGCCGGGUGGUGACGUGACGGCGGAUGCGGACAAGGUCGUCGACGAUGCCCAAGAUGCUGCGGAUGACGUCGCGGACGAGUUGCCCGGUGGUGACGCGACGGCGGAUGCGGACAAGGUCGUCGACGACGCCCAAGAUGCUGCAGAUGACGCCGCAGACAAGUUGCCGGAUGGUGACGCGACGGCAGAUGCGGACAAGGCCGUCGACGACGCCCAAGAUGUUGCGGAUGACGUCGGGGACAAGUUACCAGGUGGUGACGUGACGGCAGACGCGGACAAGGUCGUCGACGACGCCCAAGAUGCUGCGGAUGACGUCGCGGACAAGUUGCCGGGUGGUGACGCGACGGCGGACGCGGACAAGGCCGUCGACGACGCCCAAGAUGUUGCGGAUGACGUCGGGGACAAGUUACCAGGUGGUGACGUGACGGCAGACGCGGACAAGGUCGUCGACGACGCCCAAGAUGCUGCGGAUGACGUCGCGGACAAGUUGCCGGGUGGUGACGCGACGGCGGACGCGGACAAGGCCGUCGACGACGCCCAAGAUGCUGCGGAUGACGUCGCGGACAAGUUGCCGGGCGGUGACACGACGGCGGACCCGGACAAGGCCGUCGACGACGCCCAAGAUGCGGAUGACGUCGCGGACAAGUUGCCAGAUGGUGACGCGACUGCGGAUGCGGACAAGGUCGUCGACGACGCCCAGGAUGCUGCGGAUGACGUCGCAGACAAGUUGCCGGGCGGUGACGCGACGGCGGACGCGGACAAGGUCGUAGACGACGCACAGGAUGCCGCGGAUGACGUCGCGGACUAG